AUGAAGUUCUCUAUCGUUUUGGCAUUUGCUUUCGCUACUCAGGGCCUAAGCUCCCCAACCAAACUUGGACUCGAAGAUUCUUCUGCUCUGAAGAUAAUCCAUGCCGACGACCACUCUUCUAGUCUAGAGGCGCGCCAGGGUGGUUGUCCAGUCCAAGAAGGUACCGGUUGCCUUACUCUUAGAAGGGGCGACCUCUGUUGUUGUUCAGGUUGCACUGUUCUUGAUUUAAGAGAGUAUCCCGAGGUCUCUAACCAACCGCUAAAGACUAUACCGCUAAAGAUUGCCAAGGAGAUGGCAGACUGCGCAAAAGACCCAGAUAAGCCCCCGAAGGUGCUGGUACAGCAAGCUCCAAAGAAACCAAUCGAGUCCAGCGAGCGUAAAAAAACACCUACCGAACAUAUAGAGAAGACUCCAUCGAAAUCGAUCGGUCUGAGUGCGAGUAGGUGGGCGGAUGUACCCGUGAAGCCGACUGUGGACGCAGCACCUAUCAAUCAAACAGAUGAUCCCAUUGCGAAGUCUAAUACAAUAUCGGGCCCCCCAGAUCCGUUUAGCAAGUCAGAAAAUGUGCCAAAUCUGUCCGCCCAAAAGUCCUCAGCAAUACCUGCUCCGUCUCAGACGCCCGCCGUAAACGUAGCAGUGAACAAGCAGACGGAAAAGCCUGUUACGAGAUUUGUUAUGUCUCUAUCAUCAAGCAAGUCUGUCACUGGAAUGGGAGCAAACAAGUAUGCAGAUGCGCCUGUUAAACAGGCUACUGAGGCACCUCAACCAUUUACCCCUGUGUCAUCACCGCAGAAGGCACCCAGUGGAACGAAUGUCGACAAGUCACCGAGCAAGCCCACUGAGCCUUCAUCAGAGAUAGUCGAUUAA